UUCCUUUCUUGCUAUUCAUGCCUUUGGCAUCCGCCAAUUUAACGGAGAUGACCUUCGAGUUGGCAGACAGAGAGAUCCAGUGCUUCUAUGAAGAGUUGCAGAAAGAUGCCAAGUGCAACUUCGUUUUUCAGGUGGUUGCAGGUGGUCACUAUGAUGUGGAUUGCUUCAUCGAAGAUCCCAGAAGGCGAAUGAUCUACAGGAAGCACAAGAUACGGCAGGACAGCUUGGCUGUGAAAGUGGAGCUCUCCGGUGUCUACAGCUUCUGCUUUGGCAACCAGUUCUCCACCUUCAGCCACAAGAAGAUUUACUUCCACCUUGAAGUCGGUGAGGAAAUCCCCAUUUUUGCCACUGCUGAGGGCAAGGACAGUGCUCUCACACAGCUGGAAGCCUCCUGCCUUUCCAUCCAUACUGCACUGCGGAGUGUGAUGAACAUGCAGACACAACAGCGGGUGCAGGCAUUGAUUGAUCACCUGCACGCAGAAGACAUGAACAGUCACAUUAUCUAUUGGGCAUCUAGCGAGACCAUCAUCCUUUUCCUGGUUACUGUGGGCCAGGUGAUUAUCCUGAAGAGAUUCUUCACUGAUAAAAGGGCCAAUGUGACAGGCAGCCUGUACCUGGGGCUUCAGCCAUUCAAUGUGGGUUCGGAACAAACGAGCAACAGAAAGCUAUUUGGGUCUCAGAUCUGUUCUGAUAUUCAGUUGGAUCAUGUCUAA